AUGAAGUUCUUCUUCCACAACAGCUUCCUCACCUCGCUCCUCUUCGGCCUCAUAAGCAUCAACUCGGCCCUUGCUAUCAUAACCAGCAUCAAAUUACCCCAGAACGUCCUACGCCCUGGCCACAUAUUCACUGUUACAUUCUUUACCAAUCACAGCAUGAUCCACAACACUCAGUACUACGUCCUAUUCGGACUACAACCUGGAACGGCCCCGAUCACGGGUGGAAAUAUUGGUCAAUUCGUCUUGACCAGUCCUCAGAGCGAUUUGGUUGAGGGUGGACACUCCGUCACGUCGGGGCAUGGAAGUUUCAAGGUGGAUGUUUUGUUACCAGCUAAAUUCAAGACUACGACUGGAAAAAAGGAAAAGUUUGGGAUGACGGUGGCUGUUUUCCAAACGACUGGGGCCGAGAAUGAAGCAGGUGUAGAGAGCUUCCAUGGAAUUGUCACCAUCGCUCCGCACUGA